UUUCAACCCUCAGGCCUGGGAACGAGCAUUAUGGCUGAUCUGUUGAGCUCAAGUUCAGCUGCGACAUCCAGUCCCGUCCAUCUUUUGGUUUUGAUUCAUGGAAUGUGGGGACACCCAGGGCACCUCGCUGAACUAUCCCGCGUCGCCCAAGAAACUCAUUCGUUGCCUGCUGCAGACGGCACACGACUAGAGGUUUUACUGGCGGAGACAAAUCGUGAAGAUUCAACAUAUGACGGCAUUGACUGGGGCGGAGAGCGUGUCGCCAAAGAGAUCUAUGACAAAGUUUCUGAGCUUGAGGAAACUGGUUUUAACGUUGUCAAGUUGUCCGUGACAGGAUACAGCCUGGGCGGCCUGGUUGCUCGCUAUGUCGUGGGCAUCCUCAUGCAACAAGGCUUCUUUGACAAAGUGACGCCUGUAAACUUCAACACUAUCGCAACACCACACAUCGGUCUUCCUCGGUAUCCUUCAUGGCUGUCAUCAGUGCUCUCGACCCUCGGCCCUAGACUUCUCUCUCGUACUGGCGAACAGUUCUACUGUGCAGACAAAUGGUCUCCAAAUGGAAGGCCAUUACUCGUAGUUAUGGCUGAUCCUGUGUCUUUGUUUACCCGCGGUUCUGAAGACAGGAUAUUCUACCAGGCAUUGACUAAAUUCCAACGGUUGGGAAUCUACGCUAAUGCAGUUAACGAUCUCACGGUGCCCUAUGUCACUGCAGCCAUCGAGUACGAGGACCCCUUCGCAGAACACGAAACUAACGGGAUCGAAAUCAUUAUGGACGACGAAUACGACCACGUAAUUCGAAGCCAUACAUUACCCGAUACCCCUCCAGCCCCUCCUGUCAAAGCUGUAAUACUAUCCAGGAAUUGGUUCCAAGGGUUUAAACCUCGUAAACCAAUCCUACCUCCCGCCCUCCAACUACGCUUUCCCCUGAACAUCCUUUUGUAUACCAUGCUCCCAGUAUUGAUACCCACCGUCAUUUCCAUCGCUCUCGUCCGCUUCACACUCGCUUCACACUCCUCACGCGCACGCAUAAAAGCACUUGAAAAAGAAUCCCGUUCUUCGCCCUCCUCGAGCUCCGAAAGUCAACAACAACGCCUCGUCCAUAUCCUAGCCGAGCUCGAGCAACAAAUGGAAGGCACCAUUGCUGAUAUCCUCGACGACCCCAACCCGACACCUUCCUACCGUCCUCCCGUCCCUAAAAUUAGACAAGGUGCACACCCCAUCUUGACGCCUCAUCAGAGGAAGAUUGUUGGGUGGCUGAAUACACUUCCGAUGGAAAAGACACUGGCGUUCUUCCCGGAUGUGAGGAACGCUCAUGCAAUGAUUAUUUCGAGGGAUGUGAAAAGGUUCCCGGCACAUAGGCUGGGCGAGAAAGUUAUCAGACAUUGGGCAAAUUCAUUGGCCUUUUAGUCUCCGUCUUGGUUCUCCGUGGAUUAUUUAUUGGUUAGGAUCCCUUGCGAUUAUUUUGGGCAUUCGGUAGUUAAAUGUAAUCCUAUAUAAUACUGUAAUUGUGAUUAGUACCGGAUGGUUUCUGGCCCUUUGAUUCGUC